AUUUACCAAAGCGUUCCAGCCCGUUGCCAUGUAAAAUAGAACGCAGUCGAAGAAAAACUAAUAAUAAUUAAAAUAUUUUAGUAUUUAAUCAAGUGUAUAUCAAUUGUGCAUAACGACACAAUACACUAAAUAACGCGAUGUGCUUUAAAUAGUUAAUCAAAAAACCCUAGCUAGGAGUUGGUGAAUCACUGCCGCUGCAAGUGCUAUUUUGGUGUGGCCUUUUUAAUCGAUUCCCGUUUUGCCAGCGCCAAAAGAAAACAAAGCAAAAUAUUUGUUCAGCGCACAAGGGCAAAACAACAUACUAGGCUUAUAAGAGCGACUGGAACGGGUGCGGAUCACACGCAAGGAUCAAACUGAGUUAGUGUAUGUAUGUGUGCGUACGUACGCACGUGCGUGUGUGUGUGUGUUCCUUGACAAUGCCCAACACAAUUAACUACAAUGCACAGUGCUUUAUUUACACUUUCCAGCUGCACAUUGAUCAGACCGACGCGAAUCGUAGCUAAAAAAACGGCAGCAACAAAAAACAAAUGACCAAAACGCGACGUCGGAGCAACGGAAAAGCAAUAAUUAAACGUAUUUAAUAGCAACUACUAAAAACAACAUCUACAACAACAAGAACAACAACAACAAUCACUGGGUACUUCCAAUAAUUGUAGCCAAAAUUCUACGAAUUCAGGAUUAUAAAUACAUUUACACUCACUGCUUGCCCAUCCUGCUGGCCAUGUACUCGGAGCCCAUCGAUACCGAUGAGCUGGACGCCAUUGUCGAUGUGGUUGGGCUGCGCUCCCAGGCGCGGCUCAACACGUUCCGCGAGAUGUGGUACCAUGUCUUUCUGUGGGCCUUCUUCUCAUCAAUAUUUAUACACACCUGCGCCGCCUUGGUGGCAUUUGUGACACUGCGCCGGCACAAGUUUGGACGCUUCUUUUCCAUACUGAUACUGGUUAUGGGAUUCGUAUCGCCUGCGAGCAGCGGCAUCAUUAGCAGCGCUGUGAUCGCAUUUGUCCAUCGCGCUUCCAGCCUGCCCAUGUCACCGAUCUAUGCUCUCUUCUGGGGCGUCGGACAGACCAUCUUCUCGGCCUGCCUGGGCUUCUUUCGCAUUCUGGCCACGCUGUAGAAAGAUGCGACGAACUGACUUUCACAUUGGCACCCACACCCAUCUCUUUAUUUAUGUCAAAAUCCUUUGUCAAAUACGUAGCUCUCAUCUGUAUAUGAUUGGUAUAUAUAUGUUUUUGCCUAGUUACAUAUAUUUGAAUUAAUAUCGUAUAGAAUUUUUGUUAAUUUAGAAAAUCGAAAAUCUGUAAUUUUAAAUAGUAUUUUCUACGCGCCAAAUCGAAAUAUCUAUCAACAAAAUAUUCAGGUGUAGAACUUAAACAAAUUAAACAAUUAUGUACAUUUUUAAGAGACACGCGUAUAAAAAUAUUGUGAUUUUUAAUAUAUACUAUCUAACGAAAUAGAAAACUGUAAAUAUAUAAAUAAAAAUAAAUAAUAUUUAAGCACUUAAAUGAUCGAUUGUAAAUUCUGAGCAGCUGAAUAAACGGCCUAAAUCUAUACUACCUAAA